GCUUACAUUGCCUGUUCCACUGACUGCUAAACAGCACUGGAAAGGCAACCGUAGAUAUAUCUCAACCCGUACUAUUGCACGAGGCGUUCAUCCUUCGACACUCUGGAAGAACCAUUCGUCGGAUGUCGCACGAAGACCUCCGUACCAUACUAUACACAGGUCAUCACCAUGGCGACAGUCUCGUCCUCGACAACAACCACAAGCGCUCCCGAUGCCAACAAUGGCAAGGCUACAGGAAUUCCACCCUCCUCCCUUAGUGUCCUGAAGGAAGCUGUCUUUCAAGUCCUCGAGUCUCACCAUCGCAAAGAUUGUCCAUUCACGAACGACGAAUCGACGUGUGAUGACUCGAUGAAUGAUGAAUCACAAACUAAUGAAAAACAGCAAUGGAAAAAGGACAGCCUAGGAGCCAAGCACAAGGAGAACUCGAUAAUCCCCGGCGUCGUUCGUAUUGGGCCGCUUCCCCUAGGUGAAGGUGGUACUACGAACAUCAGAACCGAUACACCGACAAACGUCAGUGAAACUAGCUCGGAAGACAUUGUAGAAGUUACAAUUUCUGGGAACGAAAACUGGAUGUUCCAGAACCAAGAUAAUCCGGAAGUCUCGGAUCCAGCUUUGGCCUCGUCUCUGACUGCCUUUGCGCAAGCUCUCCGAAUGCAUCCUACUGCCGAAAAGCAGGCCUAUCUUGAUGCUCUGGAACGAUGUCCCGACUUGCUUGCGACAGAAUCGAAUCCAGCGUCGUUUCUAGUGUUUGAAAAGUACAACGUCGGCGCUGCCGUACAGCGUUUUGUCUUAUUUUGGAAAGUGCGGCGGCAUCUCUUUGGCGAGGAUCGCGCAUUUUUGGCCAUGAAUGCUACUGGUAGUGGGGCCCUGGUCGGCUCGGAUCUUGCAAUGCUAGAGACGGGGAUGUUUCGAAUUCUUCCUCGUGACGAGCUUGGUCGAGAAGUGGUGUUCCACAAUCCUACUUUAGUUGAACUAGAUACUAUUGAACGCGUCCGAUGCGCCUUUUACAUUGAUUGCAUGAUUAUGCGUAACGGAAAAUCCUCUACCGAAGGAAUAAGCGUGGUUGUGGCACUUGAUAAAGUGGGGAUGGAGCGUAGCUACGGACGGCCUGCCAUUGCGAAUGUGCUGCGAAAUGCGAUGCCUUUUCGCAUCAACAAGGCACACAUAGUGAAGCUCUUUGACGAUGUCGAAGAUGAGCAGUUUUUCACGAAACGAUUUGUACCAAGAAUUGUUGAAGUAUUUGGUUGCCCACUCGAGAUUCAUGGCCCUCCAGAGGAUCUUUCAGAGGAAACUCCGUACACUUUGUCAAUCUACUACGAUAUGGCGACUCUUCCACUUCUCGUGGGCGGAACUUUGCAGAGUACGGAAACGGAUUGCAUGCAAUUGUUCUACCAGGAACAAGCAAAGUUUUCCACACGAGCUCGCCGCCGAGCGCUUUCAAAGGAUAGCAGGGUCAAAGUAAUUGAAAAUGAAGACCGGAAGAGAAAAGUCAACGCAGUCGCAUCACGACGCAAAAGAAUGCGACGAAAAGAACGCGAAGAUAUGCUACUUUCAACGCGGGAUGAUCUUAUUGAAGAGAAUACUUUGCUAGAAAAAGAGUAUGCGCAUCUCCAAAGAGUAUUGCAGGAAGCACAUCACAUUGUUGCAAUGAUCCAGAACUGUCAAGCAUUGUUUCAACAAAAAUUUCAAAGAAGGUAG